UUUUUUUUUUUUUACUUGUUGCCAAUAGUUGCCUGACGUCAGUUUACAUCUAACCCUCCGUUUCACUUCCUCUAACUUGUGUUUUUAACAGAAGUUUGGGCAGUCUCUAAUUCAAAUCGGGAUAAGACGAGUAUCCAACAAUGAGGCACAAUAUCAGAAUAAUCUACCUUUUUAUAUAUAACCUGCUUCAGUUCUGUGGACACUCCUGGAUCUUUUCAAACAUGACAGCGCGAUUCUUUUCAUUUGGGGAAGUUGCCUUGGCAGAUACCUUCUAUUCCAUUGGUGUUGUCAUGAGCUUUUGCCAGUUAUUGUCAAUACUGGAAUUGUGUCACAUUUUGGAUGGUAUUGAAAAUAGCUGGCUUCUACCAAGGUUUUUACAGGUGCUGGAAAGAAAUGUUCUUUUGUUUGUGGUAAUUGCUAGCCAGGAAGAGGUUCAAAGCAAAUAUAUCGUGUGUGUUCUGUUUUACCUGUGGAGUAUGCUGGACCUAUUGAAAUAUCCCUAUGACCUUCUAUCACUUAUCAGCACUCCAUUUUAUACUAUUGCAUGGAUCAGACACACCCUUUGCAUCCCAUUAUAUCCCCUAGCAAUACUGGCUGAAGUUGUUACCAUUUACCAGUCCUUGCCGUACUUUGAAACCUUGGGUACCUUUUCUUUUGAGCUGGCAUUUCCAGUGCCCCUUUUCAUCCAUUUUACAUAUGUGCUACAGUUCUACAUGCCAGUACUUGCUAUUGGAGGAGGCAUACAUGUUAGUAAUUUAUUGCUGGAAAGAAGCCAACACUUGGGAGACUACAAUAAAGAAAAGAAAAAUAACUGAUUAAAUAGCUGCUUAAAAUAUACACUGCUGAAGAACCAAAACCUUUCUUCAGAAGAUCAACCUGAAUGACAUUUACUGGAUUGAUUUUGUGAAAGAACGUCCAUGGAUGCUAUUUUCUUUACAUAGUACUUUAUGUGCUUGAAUACCAGGGUUUUGGUAGACUCAGUUUAUGAUGUCAAACAAAGUCUUUCGGUAUUCUUUUUACAUAUUUGUAACAAUUCAAUAAUAUGAACCCUACUCUAAAACACACUAGAAUAUAAAGUGAUGCAAUGUCCAUGGUUACCACUGUAUUGUUAUGGAGGGUUUAUGAAUACUCUGUAUCUUCAUGUUACUAGCAACCCAAUUUUAAAAUAAGCAAGUUGCGGUAGCAAAAAAUGUUGCCUUUUUUCUAUGAAAAACUCCAGUUUUGUAACAGGGCUUGCUGUGUCUUUUCAUACACCGUCACAAUUAUUUAACACAACUGGAAACACAGAUAUUGAUUCUAUUCUAUUAGAUAUGUGGUACACUACCUUUACAUAAGUCUCUCAGUAUCUGCAAUGUUCAGGAUUCUGAGAGCUCUAUUGAGGCUGUUUAGCCCAUGCAGCCUCCACAGUCUAUGUUCGAUUCCCUUAGUGAUCUUUGAGGAGCUGCCCUUGGCCAUGUUCGAUUUCGCACUAGGAGUCCCUUCUUAGCUAUUUAACUACGACGUUCCGUCAUUAAACUCCAUCAAUCUUCGUAUAGAGACAGUCAAGCCCUUUGAGAACCUGCCAGACUGGUCUCUGUUUACUUACACAGAAUGAUUGAUAGGCUGUUCACUUUGAAGAUAGUGGAUUUGAUUGGUGUGACAGCUGUCACUCUCUCAGACCCACAUUUCCAGAUCGCCUGCACUAUUUUUUUCUGCCCAACAAUAACUUUCAAUUUUUAUAUUCCGUUUUAAAGGACAACAAAAACAUCUAGUACAUGUAAAUAAUAAACGUUGUGAUAUUCUAAACCAGUGGUAGACAAUGGCGGCUGGCAUUGCUGCAUCAAGGACUGAGCUAGAGGGGAACUUCAUUUUAGUAUUAACGCAAGGGGACUGUCAUGGGGGAUUCUCUGUAUGAACGUCAUAUAUUUACUGCGAGUAAGCAGAAAAUUAAGUGUUUUGCAAUAUUGAUUCCAAAGUACAGUACUUGCUGAUUGCGAUGAUACCUUUAUGCCUCACUAUGGUACUGGAAUCCUCAUAUGAUAGACAGGAACGCAGAGUAACAUAAAACACAAUGCUUCAUUGCAUAACAAUUGGUCCACUCUGCAGCUGCCUGCAGGUCAUUUGGUCUGCCGUCAAAUUUAAUUGCAGACCACUGUUCUAAUCUUUAGAAAUAUGUGUAUUCAGAAGUAUAUACAUGUAUAAACUGUAAAAUCCCAUGUACAUUAAUCUCUGUAUUUCACGGUGUAUAUUGAUUCUUUCUGUAUUUCACUGUGUAUAUUGAUUCUUUCUGUUUUUUUUCAUUGUUAGUGCGAUAGUGACAGUUUAUUAUAGACAUAUACAGUACAUGUAAAACACAGAUAGAAUGUAAUCCAACUAGGAGGAGACACUGAAGGAUUCCUAUGUUUUUUUUUUUGUUUUACUUCUAAAUCUGUAUUGUAGACGCACAUAUGUAAUAAUGAAAUGUAGAAAGUAGGGAAUGGCGUGUUUUU